AUGGUGUUCGUCCGAUACCUCAAGAAGGCCGCCGAUAUCUUCGCCCCUCCGCCCCAGAAGUCGGAGGAUGGGCGAGACCAAUGGCCCUCGCGGACGGCCUUCCUGCUAGCCUCCAUGGGCGGUUGCGCAGGGCAGGGAAACCUGUUGCGGUAUCCGUCCGUGGUGUACAACAACUACGGCUUGCAAUGGUUCAUCCCGUAUCUAAUGGCCGUCUUUAUUGUGGCUAUCCCCGCGCUUAUCCUUGAGAUCUCCAUCGGCCAGGCCUACCGAGGAGGCAGCGUGAUCGCGUUCAACAACAUCAACCGGCGCCUGAAGGGUGUUGGUGUCGGGCCAAUCUUUGUCAGCUUCAUCGUGGUUCACUACUUCACCGUGAACCUGGCCUGGAUUAUGAGCUAUUUCCGCCACUCUUUCACGAGUCCGUUACCCUGGGAAGGGCGGAUCGAGGAAUUCUACAUGGGAGAUGUCGUCAAUAAUGUUGAUCCUAUCCUUGGCAGUCUUAGCAACGGCAACGACAACGUGGUCGCGUACACGGAUUACCCGGGCAUCGGUCUGAUCGGAGAGACCGUAGGGUGGAGUGCCUUUAUCUGGUUCCUGGUCUGGAUUUCCAUCUUUCGCGGAGUAGGUCUGACUGGUCGAGUUGUCUACUUCACCAUGGGUCUGCCGAUCAUCACCACCAUCAUCUUUGUUGGUCGGUCAUUAUCUCUCGACAACGCUGGCGCCGGGGUUCGACUGCUCUGGGCGACCUGGCGGGGCGGACAACUCGGGUCUGGCACCAUCUGGCAGACCGCCGUCGGACAAGUCUUUUUCUCGACCGGGGUAGGCUUCGGCUACUUCACCUCGUACGCCUCCUACAACGCAAAACAUUCCAAUGCUGUGAUGGACGCCUUCCUCAUCUGCGGUAGCAACGUCUUGUUCGAAAAUUUCGCCGCGCUGGCCAUCUUUGGCAUUGUCGGUUACAUGCGUCUGUGGCCGGAAGAUGGUGUCAGACUGGGAGCCUUCGUCGUGGGCUUUCUCACACUGCCCGAGGCUGUCAUUCAGAUGCCUGGAGCGAAUUUCUGGGCCGUGCUACUCUUUUUCACUCUGGUGGUUCUCGGGUUUUCGUCGGCAUUUGUCAUGCUUGACGCCGUGGCUACCAUGCUUGUCGAUGCCGGCAUCCAGUUCUCCCGUCCAGUCAUCGUCACGGCACUCACUUUGUUGUCGUUUCUCCUGUGUCUGCCGUAUUGCACCGAGUUCGGCUACUACCUUCUCGACGGUAUCGAUCGUUGGAUCAACAAUGUGGCCCUGAUCUUUGUGGUCUGGUCCGAGGUGGUGAGUGCCACGACUGUCUACCGCUGGUCGGACGUGGUUAGCCAGACGGGCAUGCCUGCCCUCAUCACAUACAACGUGGGAUAUUUCGGUGGACAAAUUGUCGGGGUUGCAGUCGCACAUGGUGCAGAAAAUCCAGCUGCCGGAGCUGGUGCAGGUUUUGGACUGUAUGUCUUGAUGACAACGAUCUCGGUCAUUAUUUCAGCAACUCCAACUGUGAGGGCGCCGCGUUUCUGGGGUCGAAAUGUAUAUUCGAGCCGGCUAUGGUACCUCGCGUUCUACUCGGGAAACCAACUGCGACGAGAUCUCAAUGUCAUCGUCGGUCACGGGAAGAACUGGAAUAUCCCCGCCGCGUUCCCCAUACUGUUGCGAUAUGUCAGCGGUCCGAUCUUAGCCAUUGUCUUCAGCUUCGCUUACCCGGAAUUUCACACCUUGCGGUACGACCCGUUGAUGAUUUCAGGCUUCAUCCUCGCACAUCUAUGCAUGCUUGCAAUUCUCCUCGGUCUGUUUUUCCCACGCUGGUAUGACGCUUUGAUCCCGAUGCACCGUCGGCAGGAGGGAACGGAACCGACCGUGGUCAACGAGGUCAAGGGUGAAGUGGUUGCACGUGCAAUCAACGACCCGGGCAUUAACGAUAUCGAGAUUGCAUUUGAGGGAUCGAGUUCGCAGGAAGAGAUAUCCCGGAACGGACAUGUUGAUAACGAGAUCCGCGAGAAAUAG